AUGACAUCCCUCGGAGGACAUCCUCUGGCUGAUGUUACAUGGGUGGAAUACAGUGAGAAAUCCAAGGCAGCUUUUCCUGCUUUGUGCACGGAAAAUGUUGACUGGGAAUCUCAGAGACAGACCAACCCAAUCUUUAAGGAUCACCUCCCCGGUUCUUCUGAUGUUCCUCAACAAAAUACACCUGUUGAACCAACAAGUCUCUGGAAGCAAGCAUCACACACUCAUAGUUUGCCACCUGGUCUGGAGUACCUGAACCAGCUGGACCAGAUAAUUAUUCAUCAGCAAGUGGAGCUUCUGGAAGCCAUACUUGGCAGGGAGACCUCCAGCAAAUACGAGAUAAAAAACCAGCUGGGCCAGAGGGUUUACUUUGCGGUGGAAGAGAACGGCUGCUGUGACCGCCGGCUGUGCUCGCCCCUCCGGGCGUUCACCAUGCGCGUCGCGGAUAACGCCGGCCGCGAGGUGAUCCGCGUCACCCGGCCCCUGCGCUGCAGCAGCUGCUGCUGCCCCUGCCUCCUGCAGCAGUUAGAAGUUCAGUCCCCACCAGGUACAAUAGCUGGGUAUGUUGUACAGAACUGGGAUCCUUUUCUGCCAAAGUUUACCAUACAGAAUCAAAGUAAAGAAGAUGUGCUAAAAAUAAUUGGCCCAUAUGCAACCUGUGGCUGUUUUGAAGAUGUUGACUUUGAGGUAAAGACUCUCAAUGAGACGACAACGAUCGGCAAAAUUUCCAAGUAUUGGUCUGGAUUUGUCAACGACGUCUUUACCAACACUGCCAACUUUGGGAUCCAGGUCCCUGUGGAUCUUGAUGUGAGGAUCAAGGCAGUGAUCAUUGGUGCUUGUUUCCUCAUUGACUUAAUGUUCUUUGAAAAUUCGUUGGAUGGAUUAUAACAAGAUGACAGAAA